AUGGCGUCAGAUGGGCCUAAUGGCUACUAUUCAGCCAAUCAGUUCAUGAAUCCCGGGCCUGCGCCGCGUCCGCCCGUCGAUCGACCGCGACUUGAUCUUCAGCGCUCGCAGUCCGCCGUGCCCGUCAAUACCUUCGACACCAUGUCGCUUGGACCACCCUCACCAGCCGUCGCUACACCGAACGGAGGCUAUUUCCCGAACGCUAGUACGCUGUCGCUGAACACGCAGAAAAGUAAUGGACCAGUCACAAUAAUCAAAGAGGGAUGGGUGCGGUUUUCGCUCGAUUUUCUGAAGAAUGAGAAUGGCAAGGUCAUCAGCAAUAUUUCUCUCAAAGACGUGACGGGUGUCUCGCGGUCCGAAACCACACGCAUGGCCUUUGAGAUCACUCGGCUAGCAAACCCCACUCAAUCGAAAGCACCAAUUCUGAACCGCGAUCUGCCUACAAAGACUGUCACCUGCGAAGUCCGCAACGACGAUGAGAUUUACGAAUGGAUAGAUAAAAUCUACGAGCGAUGUCCGGGUAUGGGAGGCGUCAGUAAUCCGACUAACUUCAGCCAUCGCAUACACGUCGGCUUCGAUCCUCAGACCGGCGGUUUCGUUGGCCUUCCUCAAGAGUGGGAGAAGCUGCUCACGGCCUCGGCCAUCACCAAGGAAGACUACAAGAAGAAUCCGCAAGCUGUCAUAGAAGUAUUGGAGUUUGUCACGAAACAGCAGCCGGAUGCUUACCAGAGUCCUUUCCCUCAGGCAUCGGCUAUGCAGCCUGGUAAGUCUCUGCAUGGCUAUUCCGCCAGCGGAGGCAACGGUGUUGCGCCGCCUCGACCAGCGCCUCCCUCAGACUCUCAGCGAUACAAUACGAACCAGUUUGUGAACAAAUACCAAGACAACAUUACGCGAACCGGUACACCACCAGCAAAGCCAGGUUUGACUCGAUCGGCUACUGAUAAGAGCGGCUACGACAUGGAAGCGGAUGCUGCGCGGAUCAAGGAAAUCGCGAACCAGGAGCAACAACGCAUCAAACGAGAACGAGAAAUGCAACGGCAGCAAGAAGACGACAGACAGCGGAGAGAACAAGAUCGAGCUCGUGAGGCAGAUAGACUUCGACGAGAGCAGGACGACUAUAAUGCAUCCAUCCCAAAAUCACGGCCACCGAUGGCGCAGCAGGAAGUCGGCGGAGGUGGCUACGUUCAACGAGAUAAGUCAGCUCAAGACCCUCGAUAUGAUCCUGGCCGAGCGGCUCCUCGCGCACCACCAAUCGCCAACGGCAACCAACAGCAGGGACGGCAACCGCCAACGGCUCAGAGACAAGCGCCAUCGGCACCCAACAAGGCCCCAUCACAAAUACCAAAAGCCACGAACUCUCCCAGCCAAGGGUCCCUACGAACAGACAGCAGACAGCAAUCACCCGGCUCGAGAUAUCAGCAGGACCCAAAUCGACCACGCCAAGAUUCUGCUUCUCGACCGAACCAGAACGGUGCCGUUAAUGGCAAAUCACCCCCACCUGUCCAGCAAGUCAAACCACUAAAUGUAGCCAAGCAGCCACCACAGCAAGGCAGCAAACCCAUCGCCGACCCACGCAAAGAAGCCGAAGCCGCACUCACCGCCAAAAAGCCCGACAAUGAGCGCGCAAAAGAGGUCCGCAUGUCCUCGAUGACCGAAUCCGAAGUUAUGGCCAAACUCAAGCAAGUAGUGUCUCGUGAUAAUCCCAUGGACAACUACAGCAAGCAGAAGAAAAUCGGCCAAGGCGCCUCAGGCUCGGUCUACGUCGCACGUGUCAAGGAAAGCGCUACCUCACAAGUCGCUCGCGAGAUCUACCGCACGCACGGACCUAAGGGUCAGGUUGCGAUCAAGCAGAUGGAUUUGCGCAACCAGCCGCGGAAGGAGCUGAUUGUGAAUGAGAUUAUCGUGAUGAAGGAUAGUAAGCAUCCGAAUAUCGUCAACUUUCUGGACUCGUUUCUGCAGGAGGCGAGCAAUGAACUGUGGGUGGUGAUGGAGUUCAUGGAGGGAGGAGCCUUGACCGACGUGAUUGACAAUAAUCCGGUGAUCACGGAAGAGCAGAUCGCGACAAUUUGCAACGAGACGUGCAAGGGUCUGGCGCAUCUGCAUAGUCAGGACAUCAUUCAUCGGGAUAUCAAGAGCGACAAUGUUCUGCUCGACCGCAUGGGUAAUGUCAAGAUCACUGACUUCGGCUUCUGCGCCAAACUCACCGAAUCCAAAUCCAAGCGCGCCACCAUGGUCGGCACCCCUUAUUGGAUGGCGCCCGAAGUCGUCAAGCAAAAAGAGUACGGCCCCAAAGUCGACAUCUGGAGUUUGGGCAUCAUGGCUAUCGAAAUGAUUGAGUCGGAACCGCCAUACCUCAACGAAGAGCCCCUGAAAGCGCUGUUUCUGAUUGCGACCAAUGGCACUCCACGGUUGAAGAAUCCCAACAAGUUGAGCAGAGAGUUGAAAGCGUUCUUGAGCGUGUGUCUGUGUGUGGAUGUGAGGAGUAGGGCGAGUGCGGAUGAAUUAUUGAGGAACGAGUUCAUGAAGAUGGGCUGUAGUCUAGCGAGUCUGAGUGAGUUGUUGAAGUGGAGGGAGAAGGGGAGGCAAUGA